AUGAAAGGUGUCGGGAAUAAUGUGAGAGCGGCUAUAAUUAAAUGUGGCCUGGGAGGAGAGCUGGAGAGCGAAGUGAAGGACAGCCGGGCUCUGGAAGAGAGGAACAGUGUGACGAGCCAGGAAGAGAGAAAUGAGGAAGAUGAAGACAUGGAGGAUGAGUCAAUUUACACCUGCGAUAACUGUCAGCAGGACUUCGAUUCACUGGCAGACCUGACUGAACACAGGGCACACAACUGUCCUGGAGGUUGUAGGUUUCCAGUGUCUAUGGGGAUCUGAAAAGGGUCUAAAUGGGGGCAGUUUGUACCGAAAGAACAUCGUAUUUCCUUACUGGCUCAUGUCUUCCCUUGUCUCCCAGCUUGACCCCCCAAAUGAGCUCUCCUGCAGCAGUCCUGCCUUAAACAGCUAGUGAGCAUCUUGACAAAUACUCCCAGAAUAAAACCCCGCACCUAGUGUAUAC